UCACGUUCCCACAAUGCACGCGCCCAUCAGCUCGAGCGCUGCUGUGUUUAGAGGGAAAGAAACAGCAGGCCCGAAAAAUACACACAUUAUUGAACAAAAAACAAAUUAUCCACUGCGAACAGUUCUUGAGAAUUCAUCGAGAUAUGGCUGAGAAACGAAUUUUCUGUUUGUAUCGAUGUGAGGUGUAGAAUGGAGGAAUGCAUGUGAAAUGCAACUUUUGCGGGGAUCAAAAGUUUCUGGGAGGGAGUAAUAGUGGACAUGCAUUUUCCGGAGGUCUGUCAGAUAAUUAAUGUUCUUUUGUGAGACUUGAAACAGAAGAAAUUCAUAAAGGUUUGGAAUGACAUAAAGAAUUUUGAACAUGCAAAAAAACAACCUUCACUCCCAAGAAAAUUCACCUGUUGGAGCUUUUUCUCAGAGUGACAUAUGCCCUGAAAACUACACAUAUAAAUGAGAAAAUGUUCCAUGGCAAAGACCAGCUAAACGGCCACCUGCAAAACCACGACCCCAACAAGCAGGAACUGCAGUGUGAGGAAUGCGGAAAGUGUUACAACACUCGCCUCGGUCUUAGACGCCACGUGGCCACACAUGCCACCUCUGCCGGCGGUGACCUCUCCUGUAAGGUCUGUCGUCAGGUUUUCGAGAGCAUGCCUGCGUUACUCGAGCACCUGAGUACGCACACCGGCCGCCCGCCCCCGGGGACUGUGGUUCGGGAAAGGAAGCAUCAGUGCGAGCGGUGCGGCCGACGCUUCUUCACUCGCAAAGAUGUGAGGCGCCACGCAGUGGUGCACACCGGCCGGCGAGACUUCCUGUGCCCUCGUUGCGCCCAGCGAUUCGGCCGUCGCGACCACCUCACCCGACACCUGAAGAAAAGCCACGCGCAAGAGUUGGAGACCCUGCCGCCAAUGCCCAUUAAGGAGGAGCCUAGUCCCACCAUGUGCUCCGUCGGAUCUCCGAAAGAUGCCACAGAGGCGUUUUCCAUGGCCUUGUUCAACCCGCAAGGCCUUCCGAGUGCAUCUACCUCAGGGGCCAAUCAUCAUCAUCAUCACACGAUGGUGUCUGGCCCCAUGUCCAGCCCCAUGGGUGUGGGCUGCUACCUCGAGCCAAACAAGCCUCCGCCACAGCAGUACCAGCAGGCUCCCAGAUAUCAGCCGAGCUCCACUACCUCGUAUCUGAAAGUAGAGAUGGAGAAUUUCCUGACCGAACUCCAGUGCGGGCCUAUGCCGCCACAGGCUGCUGUGGCCACUGCUGUCUCCCGGCCGGGCGACCUCCUUCCUGACGGUCUGGGAGCUCAGAGUGCCCAUUUCACCCUCAGGAACUCGGCAUUCACCUCUGCCGAGCCACCUACCACCUCUGCCAACAUGGACCUUUCGCACCUGCUGGGCUUCCUGCCAUUCGGCCUGCCUCCCUACAGCACUCCCCUGGGAUACUCCACCACCACAACCGCCGUGUCCCCAAGCCCUACCUCUCAGCUCUCUGGGCCGCUUACCUCAUUUCAGCCACAGUCACUGCAUGAGCCUCAGGCUUCAGGGCACUUAAACCAGCUCUCUGGUUUCUCGCCAACUCUACCUCGAUUCCAUCAGGCCUUCCAGCAAUGACGUUGCCCGUGUCCACUAUGACUUGCCAGUCAAAUGCAACAAUUCUGUUGCAUCAUUGCCAAGUAGCUUAAAGGGAUAGUUCACCGAAAAAUGAAAAUUAUCCCAUGAUUUACUUGCCUUCAAGCCAUCCUAAGUGUAUAUGACUGUCCUCUUUCAGACAAACACAAUCAGAGAUAUAUUUCAAAAAUAUCCUGGCUCCUCCAAGCUUUAUAAUGGUUGUGAAAGGGGGACCGCAUUUUGAAGCAAAAAAAACAAAAGCAUCCAUCCAUAAUAAAAGUAAUCCAUACUUCUCCAGGGGUUAAAAAAGGCCUUUUGAAGCAAAUGGAUGGGUUUUUUAGUAAGAUAUAUAUCCAUAUUUAAAACUUCAUAAAUUCAAAUAACUGGCUUCCGGCUGAUGACCGUACUCAUACUGCGCAAGUCGACUUGCACCAAAUGAGUAACCCGUGACGCGAUGUAUGACGCAGGAUGUAGGUGUAAGCGUAAGCUUAGAUGCCUCUCACGGUUCAAACAAAUAGGGCUGUGCAACAAUCUUAAGCUCCUCUUAUAUCAAAAUUCUCAGACAUUUCUCUUUUAAAAUUUCUCAUUUUAGACUUCUAAUUCGUGACCGGUGUUUUGUUUUGCUCUAUACUCUGAGCUUUCCGGUUCGUCGUUGCAUCAUGCAUCGGUAGAGGUUACUCUUCCGCCGCAAUCGAUGCGUACGGCCAUCUAUCAGAAGCUAGUUAUUAUAGUUAAUUAAGUUUUAAAUAUGUAUAUUUUUCUUACAAAAACCAAUCGCUUCUCUUCAGAAUGCCUUUAUUAACCCCCUGGAGCCGUAUGGAUUGUUGUUUUAGGUUCAAAAUGUGUCUCCCCAUUUACAUCCAUUAUAAAUCUUCGAAGAGCCAGGAUAUUUUUAAAUAUAUCUUUGAUUGUGUUCAUCAGAAAGAAGAAAGUCAUAGACAUCUAGGAUGGCUUGAGGGUGAGUAAAUCAUGGGAUAAUUUUUGGGUGAACUAUCACUUUAAAGGUAAUGAACUGGAGAUGUUAGGUGGGUGUGAGGUCUUCAAAUGGAUCCUGUAGAAAUAGAUGAGAUGAUCACUAGGAUAGAUGGAGUUUUGCUUUUAGAAUAGUUUUAACUUUGUGGUUUUUCCUAGAGGAUCUUCUGAGUAACUGUUUUGUAGUGUUAAAUGAACUCAUAAAAUUUAUGAAACUAAAAAAAAAAAAAAAAACUGAAAAGUUAAUUUGCAAAAUAAAUACCUCAAUAUUUUUGUCAAGAAGGAAAAUAAUGCUAUUACAGUGUUCUCCGUUGUAAAAUGAAGCACUUUUUUUUUUUUUAUCAACGGCACUUCUAUGACUAAAGGUGCGGUCACAUUUUUCGUUGCUCUGAAUUUUCGCUGACGAAAUACUGUCAUUUCAAUUGGAAUCCAUGUGGAGAUUUCUCAUGAGGGCGAAAGAUUUUUUCCAUGCAUAUUUGCCGUAAUCGCCGCUUCAUGCAUCUUCACUAUUGACAAAUUAAAUUAUUCGCCUGUGAAAGUUUGCAGAAAAUUCACUAAUGUGACCGCACCAUGAGUGUCAAGUUGAACUGUGGUCUUAGAUGAACCUCUCAGCUCACGGUCACAAAAAACCUACCUCUCUAAGCUGAACUCUUGUCAUGAAAAGGAUUCGACCAUUUGACAAGAAAUGAAGCAAAACCUUGCGGCAGUUGCGUGAAGAACAUUAUCUCAUUGAUUUUUUUUUUUUUUUUUUUUUUUCAUAGAAUGCUCAAUGGUUUUAGUUAUGAAAAUUUUAGUCAGGUGAUUAAUUAGCAUUUAAUUAAUUAGCUUGUGUUGAAUUUAGACUUUAGGUGAAAGUUUUUAGGUGCUGUUGUGUUCACAUCCUUAAUGCUUAUGAAAGGAAUCACACUCAUCUCCUGUAAAUCCCCAUCUCUCUCUGUUCAUUCCAGAGUAUUUUGUAUGCAAAAUGCAAAAAAAAAGUAUUGUUUAUUCUGGAAUUGAAAAUCAUAAUAAGUGAACAUUUGUUUAAAAUUAUCCUGACAAAUUCCCAAUAUGGGAACUAAGUAAAAUAUAAAACUAAAAUAUAAACUUUUUUUUUGUUUAGUAAUAAACAGGAAGUGAUCAUAUAUGCCCUGCAUAUCGCUGUAAAAAGGGCAAAUAAUUGGUUGUACUUGUUUUACACAAAUGAUUCUCACAGGUUUUCCCAAAUGUUUUGCCUGGAUUCUGGAGUUUCAGACAGAAUAAGAAGAUAUACCCUGUUAUUGCUGAAGCACUUCAUGUAUCUCUCCAUGCAAAACCAGGAGCAUUGUCAGAAAAAUGUGUAAAUUUGAAUGACAUUUUAGCACUGCUUCACUGUCUAUUUUUUAGGCUCAGUGUUACAUGCACCAGUGACCUGUAAGGUAACUGUGUUGGUAUAUGUUGUUGUCAACUCCAUUUUGUUUAUGCCACCUGAAGGGGUGAAUUAAUUUUAUGAGAUCCUUCUGUUCCUCCCAUUUUCUUCAUCACAAAUCAUGCCCAUGGCAUUUUUCUCCUUUGGCUGAACUGAAAUGGAAUUGACCUCAACUCAACUGUGAUGUUUAGACUCAGACUGAUCUACCUCAGUGAGAUGCACACUGUGCACAGCUGUACUGUACCUUUAGUGAGAAAUGUUAAGUUUCAAUGGCUGUUUAGCUGGAGUAAACAGGUGUUUUACAUCUUUAAAAUUCCAAGCAUUGGCAUUUUUGUGUUUCAAGGACUGUUUUCAUAAACAUUCUGAAAGCAAAAGUGAAUGAGUGAGAGAUGAAGGUGCGUGCAGAAACAAUGUUAAGGAUGAAUUAAGAAAUAAAGCAUCUUGUAGAACUUGA